AUCUCACCCCAAAUUGGUGAACUCUUGCUCAUCAGGUACAAGCUGAUGCCUGCGCGCCCGACCAGGGUAGAGACGAUAAUUACAAAAGAUCCAGCUCCUCCUCCUGCUCCUCUCUGACUGCUGUAGCUCCUACAGGAUAUCAACUUUUUUCUUUUAUUUAUUCUUCCAACAACUUCUAAAAUUCUUCACAGACUCUGCCACCGGCUUGGCUCUCUCGCUCACACAUCAUACAAUUGAAACUUUGCAACACACAUUUAUAAUCAAUCAUCUUCGACACCGCUCAAGUCCGCUGCAUCCAUCCUGACCAGAACGUCGAGUCAUCCAGCAAAAGAUUGCUGCUAGAGGUCUACAUACGAUCCUACCCCUCGGCUUUCAACUCCCAUCUCAACCUCACAUAUACGAUUUACGAUGGCUUUCGAAAUCCAGUGGGAUCACCAAUUCUGUCUUGCCUGUGACAGGCAGACAGAUGGUGCAACCUACUGUUCAGAAUCUUGCCGCCUGGCCGACUACGAGAAGACGUCUCCCUCCUCGUCCACACCCAGCUCGGGUGCCAGCUCACCAGCCUUGGCUGGCCCGUCCUACGCCUGGGGCUUCUCGAACAUGACUUCGAGCACCUCGUCGUUGUACCAGCCCCAAGGUUUCGACUUUUCUGCCUCACCGCUUUACCAGUCGUACCAACAACGCUCGUCAAACCCGGCGUCUGGCCAGAGCCUGUCGCCAUCGAGCUCACACGCAAGCCUCUCGUCUAUGGGCAGCAAUGCGGCGAAGAACACCGAGGCCUAUCAGCUCUCAGAGAAGGCCAGGAGGGAACUCCAAGCGUACGCCAGCUCCUUUGAGCAAGUGAGGCUUCAGCGAAGGAGGUCACAAUAAGCGUCAAAACCGCCUUUAUAAAAACAAAUUACUUGAACCAGUCAUCGAGGCUUCUCAGCCCAACAUCAUCAGCAUUACGACAUUUUAAACGAUAAAAAAAACGAAACCCUCUUCUCAGUUCAACUGCUCGCAUAGCCACCAUACACACUUCUCUUACACUCCAUUUUUCCUUUGUUGUACAAGAAAAAAAAAGGAGCAUGCAUUUCACCGGAGCACGGCAUCAUUCAAAACAUUAAAAGUUACUUCACCCUUCUCAAACUUGAACCAAAUCAAUCACACAUGAUCUGGUUUCACAAGUUGACGAGCCUGGCUCGUUUUUCUCAUAUCUUUCUGUUAUUUUUGUUAAUCAAUCUUCUGGAGGUCCUUUCAACAACAGUAACAGUGAUGGGGUACGGAUACGGACACGCCGGAUGCGCUGCCAUGCACACUCCUCCCCCACAGCACACGAACACGAACCCCCCUUCCUCACCCUUUGACCUUUAACAUAACCGCUGGCAUGGGCAUCCGGGAGAUUGAUUUGUUUUUAUACGGACGGAUACAAGGCGUUGGAUACUGGGAAUCGCAUGGCACAAACAGAAUGUCACUGUUGCCGCGUUGGACUCUUGGAAAACUUUCUGACACGAGAUAUACCCUGGCUUUUUUGCUUUUUCUUUUUUUUUUUUUUUUUUUUUUUUUUCUCUCUCUCUUACUGGGCGGAAUGAUACACCUGAUUUUUUGUGGGGAAAUUUGAGAGGAGUUUUAUAAAGCUACAAAAGGCAUCAUAUUAUUUCUGAGUGAGAGCGCCUUGGAGGAAAUGGCGGUGGAUAGAUAUCAGGCGAACAGAAGCAUCUUGAACAGAUGCUUAGGGGGGGGGGGAGUUGUUGGCGACCCAUGUACGCAUCAGCUGCAGCAUAUGAACUGCGCUGAAUCCCAUUGUUGGAGACUCGCUCAACAAGGAAAAAUUUUUCCCUCCCGAUUUGACAGUUCAAAGGUCUAUUAUUGUGAUUGUAACAUGACAAUUCUCUCCUUGACCAAAACAGUGCACAGUGGCCGGCUAGGGGGUAACUUCCCCUCAACAAGCUCCAUGUUCUUCAUGCCCAUGCCAUUGGAGCCUUGUUAGUUUUGUCGCCCUUAAUUCCAAACGAUCAAACCUCGAAUUCCAACCAUUUCCGAACAAUGAGUGUGGGACAGUUUUUGAGCCGAAGUGAACGGACGUCCAAAGAAAAUAUUUAGCUGCAUCCUCUUGGAUGCAUUAGAGAUGUGCGAGUUGUCAUAACCCUUUUCCGCAACACCCAAAUUAGUGUCUUUUUUUUUAAUCUUCUCCUCCUCUCUCCUCUAGACUACCGGUGACAAGGGAAAAAAAGAAAAAAAGAAAAAAAAAACCCUGCGUCCUUGGUACUAUAGCAACCUUGAGGGAUCACCGCCGUACUUGGUCGUAGCACUAGCUGACGCAAGGCCAAGGUACUCAAUGCACAACGCAACAAAUUAUUAGCGUCCUGGAGCCAACACGGUAUUCAGGACCAGAUGGGAUUUCGUAUGAAGGAGAAAAAAAAGGUCCUCUACAUCAAACUGACUCUAAGUUAUGCAGCUGACCGCACAAUUUGGGCAUGGCUUGCCACACCCCACAAGGGAGGGGAAUUCUUUGCAUUCCCGCAGGAUCUCCUGAUGGGCUGUUCUUGGGGAACCUUUCAAAUGCGGGCAGCAUACCCCAAAGUGCCUUACAGCUCCAGACUCCGGGAGCAACACCUUCUCCAUAUUUGCCCACUUUUGAGAAGGUCUGGAAGCACUUCUAGGUGUUUCGGCUUUGGAUUUCCGGGAAGCUGGGUUCUUCAUAGGCAUGAGUGGCUUUUUUUUUCUGUGUUAUGUCAGCUCGGCUGCUAUUAGCACUAGGGAC